AUGGGAAAUUUAUUUUCAUCUGUAUUUUUUAAAUUAUUUGGUAAUAAAGAUGUUAGAAUAUUAAUAUUAGGGUUGGAUUCAGCAGGAAAAACAACUAUUUUAUAUAAACUACAAUGUGGCGAAGUUUUAACUACAAUACCUACAAUUGGAUUUAAUGUAGAAUCAAUUACAUAUAAGAAUAUACGAUUUUUCUUAUGGGAUUUAGGUGGACAGAGUGCAAUUAGACCUUAUUGGAGAUGUUAUUAUCCAAAUACAAAUGCAAUUAUUUAUGUAGUUGAUUCAUCAGAUCCAGAUAGACUGGGUAUAGCAAAUGAAGAGUUGGUAGCAAUGUUAUCAGAGGAAGAAUUAAGAACAACACCAUUAUUGGUUUUCGCCAAUAAACAAGAUUUACCAGGUGCAUUAUCUGAUGCACAAGUUAGUGAAGGUUUAAAACUUUCAUCACUAAAGAAUAGACAAUGGGCAAUUUUUAAAACAUCUGCAAUCAAUGGUGUUGGAAUUUAUGAAGGUUUAGAUUGGUUAGUAAAUGUAAUUAGUGGUGGUGGUGGUUCUUAG